AUGGGCUCCAAGGCUUGGUACAACAUUUCCAGCCUCACUCCGGUCCAGGAGGAGCUGGCCGACACCUUACCGAUGUGCUUGGUCCGCUUCCCACGAGGGAUGCCACACUCAGCCAAACUGGGCUUCAACCAUUCCCUCAGCUUGGCGGACUUUGGACUGAUGGCGUCUUUGACCUACGAGCCUCAGAACCGCGUGGCGGAGGGCUGCGCUCAUUACUUCCCCGAGUGGCACAUGGAGCCACGACCACCGAGCGUCCUGGAUGAGGACUGGGUUCGCUUCGUGAUGUUCACCUCAGACACCAACAGCACCACCGUGAUUGCGGUGCGGGGCACGUUGACCGCCUUAGACGUGUUGCAUGACGUGACCCUCUGGUUGGUGCCAGCGGUGCUGCAGUUAUUCAACUACAUUGGCCCGGAUGUCGCAGAUGGUUCUUGGGGCAUCUCCAUGUCGAGGCUUUCACAGCUGAUCCCUUUGGCGCCGAUCCGAAAGCAGACCACGUACGACUCAGUCUUUCUGGCGGUCGAGUACAUGCUGGAGCACUACCCCAAUAGGCUCUACUACCUCACCGGACACUCCCUGGGCGGCGGCAUCGCCAAGCUUGUGGAGUUGCAAUUGAAGACGAGAAUCAAACCUUUGACGGUCGCCUUUGCGGCUCCAGGUGUUGAGCAUGCAGCACGGGUGCUCUUCCCAUCAGGCAUCAGCGAGCUGGGCAACGAGUUGGCCACGCUGACGGUGGAACCCAACAACGACGUGAUCUCGAAGAUCGAUGUGCAGAUUGGGAACACUCUCAAUGCUCCCUGCGACGGCCGCGCUUUGACGUGUCACAGCAUCUACAGGACCUUAUGGGGCAUUUUUCAGAAGUGCCGGAGCCGAAAUUCAGCUCGCGAGCCGAGCCGCUGUUCGUCGGGCGAGCUGGGGCCGGUGGCAGGACAAGGACAAGCCCUGCAGCUGCCGCGAGGUGGUGGGCCUCGCUCCACAGCUGCAGCCUCUCAUGGCAACCUGGCCUCUCACGUGGGAUAUCGAUAUUUGGAAUUGAGACCACCGGGCUAUGAGAACAGCUCCGUCCUGAGAGAGUACUACCAAUACAGCACGACACAGAAGAGGAGGCUGGUGGAUUGUAGACACGCCAUCAAAGUCUUCGUGGAGAUCAAUCCUCACGAGAUCAAAUCGAUCGAUGAUGAGAAAGAAGAGUUCAAAGUAUUGAUGGUGCUCAAGUUCUGGUGGAUCGAUCCUUUUCUCAAGAAUCUCGAGUGCACUGUAUACAUGGAGGAGAGGGGAGAGAUCGUUAAGAUUACUGGACUGAUCUCAAAGCUAUCGGAGACUGGAGAUCUCGAGUUGCUGUGUGACAAUGGCGACGCAGCCCACACCCGAAGCAUCAAAAGAAGUGAGUACAUUCGAAAAACGAUCCAGGAGAUUGAUUGGAGCAAGCACUUUUUCCCCGUCCACACCUUUGCCAACAUUCAAGGAGAGUGUACGGAUCACUGCCAGCCCGUCUACGAGGUGGUCUGGAUGGACGAACGGGGAACCUUUGCUCCUUUCACCGAACGAGCGAGCCGAGGAGCGAUGCAUGGAGCGGGAGCGAUGAGCGAUGCAGGGAGCGAUGGAAGAUCUGAUAAAAACAUGAGAAACCAACUGCUCAUUGCAAAGAGAUUCGACGACUUUUUCUUGGAAAACAAGUGUUUCUUUCAAAGUCAGACACUGGCAACCAGCAGACUGACGCAGUCAGCUGCAUUCUUCGAGACUCGAAUGGUUUCGAGUCUCGAAGCUGUGUGGACGAUCCGGCGAGUUUUGCCGGUUCGGUGCGUCGUGGGGUGA